AUGGGAUCCUUGGGCCCUGCCGUGAGCGUGAGCAAGACCAACGACGGUGUGGCGGCCGUCGGCGUCCAGCAUCAGCAGCAGAAGUCGGAGCGCGGGACGUUAAUAAGCUGCAGCUUCUGGAUGCCGCUGCAUUACCCGCGGUACAAGAAGGAGGACUACGAGGCGAUGCCGGAGUGGCGCGUCGACUGCCCGCUCCGGGAGUACGGCCUCCCGGUCGCCGGCGACGUCGACGACAAGAGGCGUUUCGCCAUGGGAGCCUUCCUCUGGCCCGACCAAUAA